CCGAGACGCACUGGCGCAAAGUUGAAGAGCGGUGUCUGUAGUGUCUGGUUAAAACUGCAGUAACAUCCACUAUGUAUGAUAGCCCCCCUGUGUACAGUCCGCCUUACAGCACCACCUCCCAAAGCUUCUAUCCCCAGAGGAGCGUCCAUUCCCCUCAGAGCCAGAAUGUCUCUCACACCUACAAUCUCCCUCCGGACUCCUACUACAUGGAGGAGAAACCUCAACACUUCUACCGCUGGUUUUCUCCCCCUGGUUUUGUCAAAACCUUCCAGGGAGCCACCGUGCUCAUGUGUUUCCUCAUCUUCGCCUGCGUGGCUUCAACCCUGGUGUGGGACAUGAACGGAUUUGGGUACGGGGGUUACGGUGUUGGAGCUGAAGGGGGCGUCGCAGGGAUGGGGUCAGGAUAUUAUGGGGGCAGCUACGGCUAUGGGAGCUCCUAUAUGACACCACAGUCUGCCAAGUCGGCUAUGAUCUCCAUGGCAGCCAUCAACUUCCUGGUUUCACUGGGCUUCCUGGUGGGGAGUUUCUCUCGGUCCCGUAUAAUGAGGGGAUGCAGAUUUUACCUGACUGUGUUCAUCUGUGAUAUCAUCUUAGCUUUCCUUCAGGGCAUCAUCGACAUUAUCUUUGUGAUUGGGGUGAACCCAAUGUCUCAGAGCUCACAGAGCAUGCUGUACAACCCCAUGCUGAUGAUGUGCCAGAACAUCCAGGGCAGCCCCAGCCUCAGCGGCAGCGUGGGGGCCGGUUUUCCUGGAGGGUUCCCCAUGUACAAUCAAUACCUGCACCACUACUGCUACAUGGACCCUGAAGAGGCGGUAGCAUUAGUGUUGGGUCUGAUGGUGGUGUUGGCCCUUUCCCUGUCAGCUUACUACGCCUACAAGACCCGCAGCAAGAUUUGGCGCCACGGCAAAGCUAACAUCUACUGGGACGAGCCGCUGCUCAGGCCAUCAGAGGGGCACGAUGUGCAGGACUGGGUGAGCCACGUUGGAGAGGUGCGCAGCACACAGCAGGCACCAACUGUUGUUGUAUCACAGAGAGCAGCACUUGACCUCAGGGCGGGGAACAGCGUGGUCUCCUAUGGCAACGGAACAGUCAGCAUCCACAGCGACGGAAACGACAAAAGCAACAGUUUCUCUGCUGACAACAAUAAUGGUCGGGGUGCGGAGCCCCUGUACCAGAACGGCAGCGUAACAGUUUACUCUAGCAGCUCCUCAGAUGAGACUGACAGAAUCCGGAAACCUCCCCCUUAUCCCGUGGAGCGGGAACAGAGGAAGGACCGAGAGCCCCGACCUGCUGCUCAGGAGAUGGUGGAGUCCCAGUAUGAAACUGGUUACACCACCGGAGACACUGGCAAUGAGCUGGACCGGGACCACACAGAUUACCUUUACAGGUUGUAUCCGGAGAUAACUUCAGACGAGCAGCGCCAGCAGUACAAAAAGGAGUUUGACUCUGAUCUGGCCCGCUAUAAGAGCCUCUGUGCCGAAAUGGAUGACAUCAGCGACCAGAUGCACAGGCUGAGCCGAAAACUGGACACAUUGGACGAAGGCUCCAUGAAGUACCAGGGCAUGGCAGAGGAGUAUAACCGACUGAAAGAACUUAAAAGGACGCAAGACUAUCAAGCAAAGAGGAGGCAGAGCAAACAACUGCGGCAAAAGCUUUUCCACAUCAAACGUUUGGUAAAAAUCUAUGACCAAGGUCUCUGUUAGUGCGUCUCAGUCAUCUGUCCAAAGAGCUGAGGAUGAAACACUGACAGGGUGUGACCUGCAUUUCCUUUCAGUCAUAACACUUCCACUGUUUGAAUUCUAACAGUUCAGUCCCUACCAACGCCGCCCUCAUACCUCAACUCUGGUUGUGACACUAAUGUUAACAACUACUGUAUUACUCCCACAGCUGCCUGAAUAGAUCUAGUGAGUGACAAGUUGUACUUGUAGUAAACUGCUUGACAACUGGCACUGUUCACGUUCGAAUUUGUUGUAACUUGUGUAAGAUUUUCCUUGGUAAAGGAAUUUUGGUUCAAUGUUUAAUGAAAGAAUAUUGUUUUUUUUGGGAAAUAAUGAAUGUCAGUUUUUAUAUGGAGAUAAUGU